AUGGGGUUGAAACUCCUGAGUUUACGACACAAAUCAGUAACCGGUCAAGAUAAUGAUCACGAUACUGGGCUUGGCUCACCCCAUCGUGACCUAGAGACUUCGGAUGCAGACGAACGCGGACAAGUGAUGAUAGCUUCAGACGAGCCCUUGCCCUACUCCGCGUUCACCACCACACAGAAAAGAUGGAUUAUCACUCUUGUUGCCUUUGCCGGCUGGUUCUCCUCCCUGAGUAGUUUUAUCUACUUCCCGGCAAUUCCUUCUAUUGCCUCGGACUUACACAUUACUACCGAAAGGGUGAACUUGACCGUAACGGCCUACUUAAUUAUGUCGGGUAUUUUCCCAUCUCUUGUUGGCAAUGCUGCUGAUACCAUGGGUCGAAGACCGGUAUUCAUCGUGACACUGGCGGUCUAUGUCGCGGCUAAUGUCGGUCUAGCUUUGCAAUCCUCGUUUGGUCUGCUUUUCUUCUUGAGAAUGGUUCAGAGUGCGGGUAUUUCAGGUUCAUAUUCUGUCACGUAUGGUGUUUUGGGAGAUUUAUUCACUCCUGCUGAGCGGGGAGGAUAUUCGGGACUCAUAUCCUUUAUUCUUAAUACGCCACCAAGCGUUGGCCCCGUAAUCAGCGGACUUCUGCUCCAAAGAUGGGGCUGGAGAUCAAUCUUUUGGUUUCUUGCCGCAAUCUCACCCUGUUGUCUUGCUGCGAUUCUUCUUUUCUUGCCGGAGACGUCUAGGCAUGUUGUUGGAAAUGGCAACAUAGCCCCAACGGGGAUCAAUCGAGUCUUCUUCCCAUGUCUAACUCCCUCGAAAUUAACGACCGAGCGUCCAUCACCUACUUCGAAAGCAAGAUCUUGUCCGAUUCCUAAGCCAUGGACCACCCUUUCUAUUCUUACCCACCCAAGUACUGCAAUUGUCGUUGGCUCUGUCGGGGUGUACUACACUAUAUACACGUGCAUUCAAGCAUCUUUAUCGAGCCUGUUUGGGCAAAUAUACCACACCUCAGGCUUGGUUUCGGGCUUGACAUAUCUGCCCUUCGGCGUAGGAUGUGCGAUAAGCGCCUUUGCCACUGGUAAACUUCUUGAUAUUGAAUAUCGAUCCACGGCCUCUAGAUACAACAUCCAGGUGGAUAAGUCGAAAGAUCAUGAUCUGACAUCUUUUCCAGUUGAAGAAGCUCGCCUACGAAUUAUCAAUUACUUUCUUCUUGUAUGUUGCCUGUUGAUAAUUGGUUAUGGCUGGUCUCUUCAAUACCAGGCAGUGAGUACCACUCACCAUCACGGAAAAAUAUCUCCCUCUUGA